GACUUCAAGGAGAUUUGUGAGAUCCUGCGAAAAGAGCGGCGGGGCGACCCGACCAGGGCCAAGCAGGGUGUGACCUUGGAGGCGGUGACGGCCGCAGAGCCAAACAUCAAGUUCGAGGCUGAAAUGCCCCGUGGCGGCGACCGCGCCUCGCAGAACUCAGGCUCCCAAGGAAACACGAAGGAGCUGAAGACGCA